GGCCGGCCCCUCCCCCGGGUCGGACGCCGUAAGGAGCCGCGGGCGGGCGGGCGGACAGACUGACGGGAGGGCCGGGCGGCGAGCAAGAUGGCGCAGACUCAGGGCACCAAGAGGAAAGUCUGUUACUACUACGACGGGGACGUUGGAAACUACUAUUAUGGACAAGGGCACCCCAUGAAGCCUCACCGAAUCCGCAUGACUCACAAUUUGCUACUCAACUAUGGUCUCUACCGAAAAAUGGAAAUCUAUCGUCCUCAUAAAGCCAAUGCCGAGGAGAUGACCAAGUACCACAGUGAUGACUACAUUAAGUUCCUGCGUUCUAUUCGCCCAGAUAAUAUGUCUGAAUACAGCAAGCAGAUGCAGAGAUUCAACGUUGGUGAGGACUGUCCGGUAUUUGAUGGCUUGUUUGAGUUCUGUCAGUUGUCCACGGGAGGCUCUGUCGCAAGUGCUGUGAAGCUUAAUAAGCAGCAGACGGACAUCGCUGUGAACUGGGCUGGGGGCCUGCACCAUGCAAAGAAGUCCGAAGCAUCUGGCUUCUGUUACGUCAAUGAUAUCGUCUUGGCCAUCCUGGAACUGCUAAAGUAUCACCAGAGGGUGCUGUAUAUCGACAUUGAUAUUCACCAUGGCGAUGGCGUGGAAGAGGCCUUCUAUACUACAGACCGGGUCAUGACUGUGUCCUUUCAUAAAUACGGAGAGUACUUCCCAGGAACUGGGGACCUACGGGACAUUGGGGCUGGCAAAGGCAAGUACUACGCUGUGAACUACCCACUUCGAGACGGCAUUGACGACGAGUCCUAUGAAGCCAUCUUCAAGCCAGUCAUGUCCAAAGUAAUGGAGAUGUUCCAGCCUAGUGCAGUGGUCUUACAGUGUGGCUCAGAUUCCCUGUCUGGGGAUCGGUUAGGUUGCUUCAAUCUGACCAUCAAAGGACACGCCAAGUGUGUGGAGUUCGUGAAGAGUUUCAACUUGCCCAUGCUGAUGCUGGGAGGAGGUGGCUACACCAUCCGGAAUGUUGCUCGGUGCUGGACUUAUGAAACAGCCGUUGCCUUGGACACAGAGAUCCCUAAUGAGCUGCCCUACAACGACUACUUUGAGUACUUCGGACCGGAUUUCAAGCUCCACAUCAGCCCUUCCAACAUGACCAACCAGAACACUAACGAGUACCUGGAGAAGAUCAAGCAGCGUCUCUUUGAGAACUUGAGGAUGCUGCCCCACGCCCCUGGGGUCCAGAUGCAGGCCAUACCUGAGGACGCCAUCCCAGAAGAGAGUGGGGAUGAGGAGGAGGAGGACCCCGACAAGCGGAUCUCCAUCUGCUCCUCUGACAAACGCAUUGCCUGUGAGGAAGAGUUCUCGGACUCAGAUGAGGAGGGAGAAGGUGGUCGCAAGAACUCUUCUAACUUCAAAAAAGCCAAAAGAGUUAAAACAGAGGAUGAAAAAGAGAAAGAUCCUGAAGAGAAAAAAGAAGUCACAGAAGAGGAGAAGACCAAGGAGGAGAAGCCAGAAGCCAAAGGGGUCAAAGAAGAGGUCAAGUUGGCCUGAGCAAGGUCUGCAGCCCCAUCUUCUCCCCAAGUUCCUCACUUGCCCUCAACUUCUCAGAUUUUAUAUUUUCUAUUCCUCUGUGUAUUUAUAUAAAAUAUAUUAACUAUAACGUCCCCAGGGACCAGAGCACAGGGCAGUGGUGCUAGGAGGGCUCUUCCCAGAGCAAUCUUGUCCAUCCUGCCGCGCCCCCCCCCCCCCCCCCCCCCCCCCCCCCCCCCCCCCCCCGUUUGCGUGGAAAGAAAACAACCAGAAGAGAAAAUCCUGAACUGCCAAGUGCCUGCUUAGGAGCUCUGCUAAGAUGCCCCUGUUAAACUUUUUAGAAGGGGUCUGGGUCUUUUAGGACCCCUUUUCAGGCUUGGGUAUAGUAGCCAUUUUCAGAUUGGUUCUGUUUAUACCUUCCCACCCAUCUUGGGCAAACAAAAAAACUUAGACAUUGCCCUGUCUUCCCCCAAUUCUGUAGGUGGAGGUUGAUAGCCUAGCUUCCUUUUUGAGAUAUUUUCAUUUUGUGAAACUCUUUGUAAUAAAGCAGCUCAUUUCUAUACCCUCCUGAG